CCACGACCAACCCAAAUCAGCUCUCUCGCUGCGACGCCGUUUCAGACCGUCCUCGAUCACUCUCAGAUGGCCUCUUCCGGCAUCCCUAGGUUUGGAAGUGCAGGCCAAAGUAAUGAAUUUGAUCAUAUAGAUCCUGCUAAACCCGUAUUGAAUGUGGCACCUUUGAAUAGCUUGCCAUAUAUUCCCCCAACGAUGGAGCCAUCAAGAGCCAGAAAGUCAGGGGAACAAAGAAAGAUGGAGCCAGCUAUGGUGCUUCUACCUUCGAUCGCAACAAGAGAAGAGCGGGACAAAAUUCUGCACACCACCAAAGGGGUUGUAUUGACUGGAGUUGCUGCAACGGGACAGGUAGGACCCAUAAUAGGAAAGGUCGACAUUGGUGAAUCUGAUGACUCGUACUUAUUUCGCAUCUCUCUGCCAGGUGUUUCAAGGGAUGAAAAUUUCAGUUGUUCAAUUGAGGCUGAUGGAGAAGUGAAAAUCAAAGGAAUAACUACAACAGGUGAGAAAACAGUGUGCAAGAACUCCAUGGUCUUUCAGAUGCUCACACAGAAUCUUGCCCCAGCAGGUCACUUCUCUAUCUCCUUUCACCUUCCUGGCCCUGUUGAUUUCCAGCAGUUCACUGGUUCCUUUGAGACCGAUGGGAUUCUAGAGGGAAUUGUGAAGAAGAAAAUGUAAUCCAUGAGUGUUCAGCUUGGAGAGGUCUAAUUUGGUUGAAGUGGACUCCACAGGGUUAGGAUACACGGUAUGUAGUUUAAUGUUGUCCACAGUAUAUGCUUGGUAUUGCCCAAAGCAUUAGUGCUCAAGGCUUUGUUGAGUUGUAUGUUAGUUUAUCUUUCAGUUGUACUUCGAAAGUUCUCUCAACCAAUUAUGAAGUAACAAAUCACCUAACUUGCAUUGUUGGAUUUGAUUGAAAGGGUCUGUCUGGAUUUCUCAUCCCCAAUGUCGAGUUUAUGUUCUGUGGUAGU